GCUAUACUUUUCUUUUUUUCUUUGCAAAAAUUAAUCGCCCAAAAUUGUACUUUUGGUGCCCACCAACAGACGGUCCUGAACUUCACGACAUCUUCACUUUGUGCAUAAACUAUAGACUGUAUGUACAGUGACUGUUAUGGCGGAAGGUGAAACACGUCGAAACGUGCGAUCUGUACAUACAAAGAAAAGUUACAAAAGCGAUUGAAGUAGAUACUCGCCGAAGAAACGGGAGAGCUACACGUGUUGCUCCGUAACGAUACAAGCGUGCUCCGUUAACGACAAUGUCAGUAACUCUGCAGUUCGAGUGUCCAACUUAUAACGAGACUGCGAGAAAAGCAAUGGAGAGCUACAUUGGAAUCUUGCAAAAAGCAUUUGAACAUUAUCAAAAUUUGUGGGAAGAUUAUAUAAAAUUGCAGGAAAAAUGUCAAGAGUAUAAUGUGUAUUCUUCAUCACAAGCGACAGUUACUACAUCUAUGAAAACAAAUGAUGAAGCAACGUCCCUACGGUCCCAACACUCGAGUAACGCUAAUGUGGAAGAAAGUAAUAUCCCGUUAUUGGAAUUGGAUACAAUGAAUACAAGUCUUAUUAAUUUGGAUUACGAUAUGACAACUAGUUCUACAGAUGCAAGUGAAUCAUUGCGUAAAAGUGCCGACCAAAAUAGUCCGCCAAGAAGUCCAGUAUUCUCUAGAACAGUUUCAAGGACUCGUAGCAAUUCUGCAAAGAACUUUGUGCGUUCACCUAAAGCAGUGUGCGAUAACUCGCAACCAGCCUCAAAUAUAAAUACACGUGAUAACAUGAAAAAGGUUUCUUCAAAGUGUAAUCACAAAUUAGAAUUAAGUACAACGCACCAUGUAGAGACCACAUUUUUGCCAAAUGGAAAGAGAUUGAAACAGUCUCGGCUUGCAUUUUGUCCAGUCAAGAGUGGCGAAAAGCUGAAACAGUCUUCAAAUGUAAACAGACAUAAGGCUAAUAUAUUACAAAAUACAGAAAUUACAGAACGAAAUUUUGUUGAUGUUUCUGUGGCAAAUACUGCUGCAGACGCAACUGUUACUGGAAAUAAUGCUACAAAUAAUACUAGUGAAAUUUUCGAAGACGUAAUAGAAAUCAGUCCUACACAAAGAAAUGUUAUAUCUAAAGUCAAACGUUGUUUGAGACUCAAGAGGAAAGUUCCUGUAAAACACGUGAACAAAUUUUCCCCGACUAAAGAUAAAUACUCAGGGCCUAGUGCUGCUUUAAAGACAGUAGAUGUAGAUUUUGGGUUUUGUCCUUCACCUAAGCAUACGCAAAUGGAAGGUGCUAAAUCUUUGAUGAAUACUGCAGUUGACACGUUAAAAUAUAAUAGAAAUUAUCUUUCACCAAUAAAAAUGCACAAGAAGACUGAUGUUCAAGUUGAAAAAUUUAUUGAAGCUCGAAAGAAAGAUCAAUUAUUAACAAAUAAUGUACCCAUUCAAAAUAUAAAUGACUCUACCUCAGAAGACGAAACUUUUUAUCUGCCUGCAGAAGAAGCUGCAAAUAAAAUUGACAUGGAUAAUUUCAGUUUGAACGACACAGAAAACAAGCCACCUAAAAAAAGGUUGUUAUUUGAUAGGUUGAAUGUAUUGCCAAAAAGGAAAACAGAUUUUACAGAGCAGCUUAACAUGAGAUGUAAAGCCGACAGGGCGAAGUUAAACGGCUGGGAUUGCUGGGAAUGCAAAGAGUAUUAUGAGAAUUUGUCGCUGUCGAAAGAAGAACUACAGAAAAGGAAGAAUCAAUGCUCACGACAUCGACACAAAUAUGAGCGACCAAACACACCAGAAGGUUUUUGGAAUCCAGAAUUUCCUGAGACGUUGUCAUGCACCUAUCGACAGAAUUGAAGCCGAAAUGUGUCUUUAUGCCAAUUUGAUUCUCAAACUUCAAUAUGGUUCGUAGUACAGCAACAUUAUUAUAAUGUAACGUGUAUGUACAAUUCUUUGUCUUAUUCUAAUUCGUUGUUAUUCUUAUUCUAACUUUUUUUAUUCUGUUCGUUACGAUUAUUUAUUACUCUGCACAUAUUUCAUUCAAGUAAGAAACAAUUGAAUUUCAACAAUUCCAAAAUAG